AUGCACGCCGUCACCAACGCCGUCUCCCUCAAGCUCACCGGUGUCACCGCCCGCGUCUCCGCCAAGGUCGCGCGCUUCGCGCAGAAGGUGGCGCUCCGCGCCUCCGUCGACGACGAGGCCGUCACGUUCACCGCGGAUGACCUCUCCAAGGGCCUCAAGGCUGCCGACGCCGCCUGGGAGGAGAAGGCCGCCGAGCCCGCCGCGGCGCCCGUCGCUUUCUCCGCCGCCAUUGACCCCGCCGACGGCUCCGUCGCGGAGGCUGCCCCCCUCGGCGACGACAUGUCCAUGCUCAACGACGCCAUGAUCGCCUUCAAGGAGCCCCGCGCGGUUGAGAUCAUCAACGGCCGCGUCGCGAUGAUCGGCUGGAUGGCGGCUCUCUACGCCGAGAUCUCCAACGACCAGUCCCUCACCAGGCAGGUGAUCAACACCCGCACCUUCACCCUCGCCGACGGUGUGGUGAAAACCUCCACGAUGCCCGCCGCAGGCAUGUUCCUCAUCCCCGUCACCGUGCUCUUCGUGCUCGCCGCCUCCCUGGCGCCCGUGCUCCGCGGCAACGAGGAGUCCGGCCUUGAGAAGGCUCCGAAGGACUUCGGCCCCUUCAGGGCGGAGUCGGAGAUGACCAACGGCCGCGGCGCCAUGGUCGGCCUCGUCGCGCUUCUCCUCGCCGAGAAGUUCACCAACGGCGCCGCGCUCUUCUAA